AUGAGUAGCAAGUUGAUAAAACCACACACCCCAACCCCUCAAAACCUCAAGAAUUACAAGUUAUCGUAUAUAGAUGAGCUUGUGGACCCAGGAGAAUAUUUUGCAGUUGUUCUGUUUUACGAAUCGAAACCCGAAGACGGCAGCCUCCAGUUGGAAGAAUCACUGGCCAGAAUCUUGGUUGAUUUCUAUCCUCUUGCAGGAAGAUUCAUCAAUAAUUAUAGUUCGAUUGACUGCUGCGACGAGGGAGCCGAGCUCGUCGAAGCAGAGGCUCUAGACGUCGAGCUGAUCGAGCUCGUAGCAAAAAUGGAGCUCGAUCAGCUCGACAAUCUCCUCCCCGACCAACACGAAGCUCCUGAUAUUCCAAUCCUCUCAAUCCAGAUCACACGUUUCUCAUGUGGUGGGGCCGCCGUCGCCAUCAGCGUCUCCCACAAGAUCUUCGAUGGGUCGUCGCUUGCGACGUUUGUGGCCGCCUGGACGGACGCCACCAAUCCAGAUCAUGCUAAGAGGGUAAUCUGCCCGUCUUUUCAUCUCCCCUCGUUGCUUCCAUCCGUGAUCCGCAACGACAACCCGGCCCCGGCCCCGGCCCCGGGUUCCGGUCACAAGCUUGCUUUGAAGAGGCUUUCGUUCAACAAGGAGGCUUUAACCAGCCUGAAAUCAAGAAUAAGCCGAACCAACGGAAAACCCUUAUCCGGAGCGCGUGUUGUGUCUGCCGUUUUGGCCGAAGCUCAAUUCCGACUGGAUCGCGCCAAACACGGUAGAAGCAGAAGCUGCGUCGUAUAUCAAACGGCUAACAUGCGGGAGAGAUCAAUACCACCGCAGCCUAGACACACUUGUGGGAAUUUCUGGGCCCUAACAAUGACGCCACCCACGGACGAGGUCGAUGUUAAUCAACUUGUUCGUGUAUUGGGAGAUUCUAUUCGAGACGCCAUUGCUCGUCAUGCUGAGAUUCUGUCUCCUGAUUGUAAUGAUGGACACGAUAUGUACACAAAUAUUAUCGAAAACUACUUUAGGCAUAUGUGCGAUCCUGAAAUCACUGCUUUAUCAAUCUCUGAUUGGAGUAGAUUUGGAUUCCACGAAGCUGACUUCGGAUGGGGGAAGCCUGUUUCGACGAGCAAUCGAUUUUGGAAGGCGACCAACAACUUUGUGGUGCUGAUGAGCGACAAAUCGGGAGAUGGGAUUGAGGCAUGUGGCCUGGUAGAGGGCGUCGUCGCUGUGGAUGCGGCGGCGGGAUCCAACGGCCUGCUGGGGGUCGCCGCGCCUCUUGGAUAUGGGGGUGGGCAAUUGUUUUUGCUUGACCUUGAAAAUUGGUGUAGGGACGAGGGAUUUGCAGAUUUGGAGAUUUCCCCUUAUGCAAGAGGAUCUAGGUUUAAUUUGGGGGCGGCGUUGAUGUUGUGGUGGCUGGCAGCAGCGAGUCGGAGAUGGAAGAUGGAGAUUCAGGGAAAGGGGCGGAGAUGGAAGAUGGAGGAUGGUAGGUGA